AGAAAAAGAGAGGAGAGUUUUUUUUUGUUGCAGUCAAUAAUUCUUUUCCUGGUGCUGUUUAAAACGAAUGAGAAGAAGGAACUUUCUUGGAUUUCUGCGGAGCUGGAGAAUGAAUUGAGAAGUUUCUCUUUUUUUUUGCACUGGUGACUCGAAAACUUUUCUGAAGAUACUUUGAAAAUGAACCCUGAGGAAGUUGAUGCAAACGAUGAACACAUCGCCAGUCCUGAAGAACUGCACCGCGAAGAUGAGGGUAUCAAUGACGAAACUGCAAAUGUUGACUCGUCAGAUGACACUGAAGAGAGUCAAUCGACAAACCCGACUGAAAAAGUUGGAAGUCUCGAUGAAGAUAAUGCCUCGAGCAGCAGGAACUGCAAUGAGGAUCUUUCAUCUGACGUAGAUCCCAAAGAGGUAAACCAGAGCUUUGAGGAAGCAAUGAGUGAAGAUUUAAGCUCGGAAGAAUUGCUGAAUUGUGAUUCUCUUGAAAACUCUACAGCAUCUGAUCGGUUGCUCAAUAUGGAAGUUGCAAAUGUUGGUCUUUUGGUUUCAGACGUUUUGGGAGAGGCUGAAAGUGCAUCAGGAAGGACGGAAUCGCCCGUUGUUGAAGAGAAUGAAACAGAAAAUGAAUGCAGGGAAGAUGGCGCUCAACCGUACACAGACGACACUGAUUGCCAAAUAGUUCCACUGGAGGAGGACAGUGUUUCACAGCUGGAUGGGUUCCCCCAGGGAGAACCAACAUUUGAGGAUAGUGAGUUAUUCACAGACGCUCAUAAUCCAUGCGUUAGCGAAGACCUGUCAAACAUACAACUCCUUGAGAGUGAAGUGGUUGAAGAAGGUCCAGACUGUGACAUAGCUUAUGGCGAUGCUGUUCUUACUGAUACUGUUCUAGAUGAGUGCACUUCAGAAGAAAAUCCUGAACCAUUAUUGGAAAGCGACUCAGUGCCUGAGGUAUAUAUAGUUAAUGAUGAAGAUUGCAUUGACGAUAAGUUAUCGAGUAUAAUGGAAGAGAACGAGGGGCUCGAUGAAGAGCAGUACAUCGAAUCAUCAGACAUCUGUGCAUUUGAAGACAAAGAAGAAUUAAAUGAGGAGCUAAUAGAAUCGUCAAAUACCCCUCGCACUGAAGAGCCAGACAGCCUCGAAGAGGACGCAGAAUCUUUGUCUGUUUUGAAAACUGAAGAGCAAAACGAUCCUUUUGAAGAAGCAACAGCAUUAACCUGUGUCCCUGCAGAUGAUGAACAGAGUGAGCUUCAUGAAGAACAUACAGAAUCAUUGUGUAUCUCUACAGCCGAACAAGAGCCCACAGAAACAUCGGAUGUGUUUGAAGAAAGAAACGGCGAUGGUGAAAAGGUAGACUUCGGAGAAUCAUCGAGCGUCCGUGAAGAAAAAGAUGAUCUGGAUGAAAAAGAAUCCACAGACUCUUGUGUCCCUACGCAUGAGGAAAACCGAGAGCUGGAUGAGGAGAAAGAGACUGCGGAGAUAUCCGAGAUCUAUAAUGAAGGUGCAGAGGAGAGUGGCGUAGACAUUACAAACAGUGAAGUAGAACCUCAGUCGGGAAACGAAAGUGGGCCAUUGUUGUUGGAAGAAGCAGAACGGAUAGACAAAAUAGACGACUUGCCGUGUGUGUAUUUUGUGAGCGAUGAUUCGGGGUCAGUGGACGAAACCAAUGGCGAGGCUGAAUGCGAUCGAGCUUUUACUGUAGACAGAAGAAACACUAUUACCAGGACAAGAUCUCUGACUGGCAAAGUCCCAGAGACUGUUCCAGAAGAAACUGGCCCAGAAUCUGAAGCACCACCUUCAUCCCAGGAACCUGACGGAACAGUUGCAGAGGAGCACAGUGGGGUGAAGAUGGACGGUGAACUGUGUGAGAACAUAAGGACUAUACCUGUAAAACCCAAACGCUGCUUAUUUUACCCUCGCUCGUAUUCUGUAGAAAGCAGGGAUCUGUCUAUUUCUGUUUGUAGAGAAACAGAUGGCUCAUCAAUGGAGGACAGCAGAAUGAAGAGGAAAGAUGAGAACCUCUUUCAACCCUGCGUUGUUGUGUCAUCGAGUAGUUUAUCAAAGAGAAUCCACGUCCCAUUAUUUGGUGUCUCAAAUCCUUCAUCAGUCGUGGAUAUACCACCCCCUUUCGAACUAGCCAGCAUCACCAAAAAACCCAUCACUAAGAGUUCACCGUCGCUUUUAAUCGAAAACGAAUCUCCGGAUAAAUAUUUGAAGCAGAGCUCCAAGAAGAAAUCGUCGUUCAAGCGCUUCUUACCGAUCAAACUGUCCCUCAAGAAGAAGAUCGAGAGCAAGAUCGGGGUGGAAGUUAACAUGUGCAGAACAGCUUCCGAAAUCGGCCAUCACGGGUCGGCGAGGGUUUUGGAUUUUGACAGAAGGAGUUUGGGAAACUCGCCCCAGUUAAAAUCCCGGUCGGGCAAGAUGAGGGCGUCAGACUCUGCCUCCACGUUUUUGUUUUACAAGGACGGCAAGAAGAAAGGGAUGCCAAAAACCUUCAGCAGAACCGUGUCCAGAGUGGAGUCCUUUGAGGACCGGUCAAGACAUUCUUAUAUGUCGCUCCCUCUAACGAAACCGAGAUCUAUUUCGUUCCCCAACGCCGACACCUCCGACUACGAGAACAUUCCAGCCAUGAGUUCGGACUACGAAAAUAUCCAAAUCCCUCCCAGAAGGUGCGCACGGGCUGGGACCUUCACCGAGUUUUUCGAGGAUCCCAGCAGAGCAUUUUCCUCGGCUUGUGAGAACGACGGCUACGUGGACAUGAGCAGCUUUGCGCCAUUUGACACCAGGCAGUUCGUAGACCAGGAAUCUGAAAGUGCCUACACAGAGCCCUUCAGAGCCGGUGCAGUCAACAGUUUGCAUGCAGAAGACAUCACAUCAGACGAGGACCCUGCAAACAGCUCAGGAGAGGAAGAUGGCUUGGAAACGUGCAAGGGAGAGUUCGGUCGAGAUAAACAGAAUGAUGCUCAGCGCCGAGCGUAUCGCAUCGCAAAGGAAAUGGCAGCUUCAGAGAAAGGGUACGUCGACAUCCUACAGCUCUUGCAUGUUGACUUUCGUGAGAUGGUGGCGAGGGCGAGUGGUGAAGAUGGGACUCCAGUGGUGGACGAGGAGAAUCUGACUCAGAUCCUGUGUGAGAUGCCUGAGCUAUGCCAAUUCCACCAGGAAAUGUUGAAGGAACUGGAGGAAAGAGUUGCACAAUGGGAAGAGGAAGACCGCAAGAUUGCGGACAUCAUACUGUCGAAGGAGCCGGGGUUGAACUUGUACCGGAGGUUUAUCACUAAGUUCGAGAGGAACAUGAGUCUCCUGGAUGAAUGCUGCCAGGCGUCUUCACGGUUCUCCGCGGUGGUGAGAGAGUUUGAGCUGAAUCCCAAAUCUAAGAACUUGAAGCUGAAGCAUUAUCUGUUGAAAGUGGUUCAGAGAGUUCCUCAGUACUGCCUUUACCUUACAGAUUACUUGAAUAAUUUAUCUCCAGACUCGACGGAAUACGAGGACACCCAAGCUGCUUUGGUUAUUGUUGGUGGAGUUGCUGACCAUGUCAAUGUUAGCGUGAAGCAAGGGGGGAACUUUCAGAAGCUUCUGCACAUUCAGCACAGCGUCACAGGCCAACACGAAAUUGUUCAGCCGGGAAGGGUGUUUAUCAAGGAAGGAACUCUCAUGAAGGUGUCCGGAAAGGUUCACAGACCUCGCUGCUGUUUCUUGAUGAAUGAUGUCUUGCUUUACACCACACCUCACAACGGGAGAUACAAACUCAACAGGACCCUGUCGCUGGCUGGGAUGAAGGUAAAAAGAACGUGGCUGUCUGACCACUCCCCAAAACUGCAGAGUAACCACACUUCAUUGGUGAAGCUGGCAAUUAAGUCUCGAGGAGACUGUUCGAUUGGGGUUGGUGACUGUCAGCAAACCCCUCUGGAGGAACUCCAGCAUCCACUGAGAAUCCAGUCCACACAACGUUCUCUCACGUUCUCUGUAAGCUCUUCGAAAGAACGAGAUGAAUGGUUUGACGCGAUCAGCAAAGCCUUGGAAGAUUACAGGAAGGUAUGGGGCGUGCUGAACUCGAGAACCACCACAGAGCUCAGCCGUACAGAUCAUCAUUUCCAGGUCAUCUCUGAGAGGCCAGAGACAGGUCUGGGUGUUAAGCCGCCCACCUUGAUUCCAGAUUCCCGUGUCGUGAUGUGUAUGAUUUGCACGUGUGACUUUUCGCUCACGUGGAGACGGCAUCACUGUAAUGCCUGCGGGAAAGUUGUGUGUCGGACUUGCUCAAGGAACAAGUAUCCACUCAAAUACCUCAAAGGUCGACCCUCAAGAGUAUGUGACCAAUGCUACAAAGAGUUCAAGACAAAAGAGUUGACAACAAACAAUGAGAAUUCCCUGCCAGUGUUUGCCCGAUCACCAGGCAGUGCCUUGUCCUCAGUGUUUCACAGCAUCCAACCUUCUUCUAUCAGGAAACAGAAGAGGAUAUCUGCAGCUCUGAUGGAGGUGGCAGCUGCAGCAGAAGGCUCCUCAAUGAAUGGUUACCUCCAGAGGUGCAAGAGCCACAAAAGACACUGGAAGAAAUUGUGGUUUGUCAUUAAAGACAAAGUUCUGUACACAUACGCGGCCAGUGGGGACAAAGUUGCAUCAGAGAGUUUGCCUUUGUUGGGCUUCACCAUCCAGAGACCAGAUAAAGGGGAAGGACAAACAGAAACUGGCUCCGUGUUCCAGCUCUACCACAAGAAAACCCUCUUCUACUCCUUUAAAGCUGAAGACACAAACUCAGCACAGAGGUGGAUUGAAGCCAUGCUUGAAGCCAGCAUUCUAUAACAGUGAGUGGGAUUCUCCCAAAUUCCCGUUCAGCUUUCCCUACUCCUAUCUACACAUCCCACCUUCAGGAGAGCCAUGGAAUAAAAGCAAUUAUGUCUUACAAAUUCUAUUGACGUGCAUUGCCACGCAAGAGCACCCUGCAGAAACAAACUGCCCCUCCAGGACACGUCAUCUGGGUGAAAAGGAAAUGUUUUGGGCUUAGUUUUUGCCUUUCAACGAACAAGUAGUGCCAAGAUGCCACCUACACUUCAGUACCCCAUUCCACUGCAGGGAAAUUACUGUUAAAUGUAUCACUGCCUACAGAUGGCAUCCAAAGUGGGUCUUUCCUCCUUCCCUACCACCCCAACCCCCAAGACCGUGAGAUGAAUCAUUUUGUCUCUUUGUUUGCCAAUGUUUUUCUGCGGUGGAACAGAGAGAGGUGCCGUUGUGGCGGUGGAUUGUGAGGUGCUCGCAUUUCAAAUUGGUGCCCAGGGUUUAGAAACUGCAGCUCUCCAAAAUAAUCCCCAAGUGAUUAGUUGGUGCUUCUACACCUGGAGGGAAGAGCUUGGAUUCCUUCAAAACAGUCAAUGUUACCAAGACGUCAGCUGUAUAUCUUUGCUCAAUGCCCUGCCAUGUAUCCUUGUCAGAUGCUCUGUCACAUAUCCUACCGAAAACUUUCUUUGACUCAGUGUUAGUUUGGUUCAGUUUACAUGACCUAUCAAUGAGUGCGCGUAAGAACGCAACACAAGAUACACUACUUUAUUAUACACACUUCUCCAGGUGAACAUUUGAGAGGAUCCUAAGUGUAAAGUAUGGAGAAGUAGACGAACUAAUUUAUUUUGCAAAAUAUUUGAUGUUAUUCAGAAUGUGAGAUGCACUCAGUGGAAACCCACUGGAUAGCAGUCAGUACCUGCAGUGAGUACCAGUGUCUUUACUUGCCUCCGUAAAAGCGUGAAUGUAAGACAGCAAUCUGCAUUGUGUGUAUAGAUUGUAAUAUAAUCCUUAAAUUAAAAUUACUGAUUGUUAUACAGGUACCUGAACAAUCGGCCAUAGAAAUCAAUGGGCAAAAUUAUUUUUUAAAAUAAACUAUAGCCUUAAAUCAAGGCGUUGCAAUUACCAGGUGUACACACAACUGGCAACGACUGCACUGGACGCUAUAAGAGGCUGAUAUGAAAAAUGUACAUAUGUUUUAAUAAGUAAAAUGUCUCGAUUAGGAGGCUUUGGUUCUUGAAGAUGGAUUCUGGAGGGUUUCUUGUAUGCUUGACAACCAGCUACGUGCAGAGAGCCUUAAUGAAACAUUCAGAAUAAAUAAAUCAUGUCAAACACC